AUGGGGUUGUGGGCGCGGCUGUGCCCGCGCGUGUGCGGGGCCGAGUGGCCCGUGCAGCUGCUGUGGGUGGCGCUGGAGCGGCUGGGUAUUGAGCGGUGGGCGGUGAAGUUUGAGGAGGGUUCAGCGCAGCAGAAGCGUUUAGGAAACUUGGUGGUUCGAACGCAUGCAGCAGCAGCAGCAGCAGCAGCAGCAGCUGCGCAGCAGCAGCAAGAAGAAGAAGAAGAAGAAGAACAAACAGAAGACAAGAACAAAAAGAAAAAGAAGAAACACACAAAGCAGCAGCAGCAGCAGCAACCUGAUUGCCCGGCCAACGCUGCUCUAGGCCUACACAGCUGGACGAACUGUAUGAUACCCCAAAUAAGUGACAGCGACGGGAUGCCUACGUUUCUGUUUCCUCUUUGUUUAGUUAUGGUGAUUACUGCAGCAAAAGAUGGAUAUGAAAACCUCAGUAGAGCGAGAGCUGAUAGACUUGAAAACGAGAGACGUUGCAGUGUAUGUACACCCCAGGGACUUAUCACCGUAGCCUGGGCUGAUCUCACACCCGGCAGUAUUGUUAAACUUGCUGCUGAUGAAGCUGUUCCUGCUGACCUCGUUCUUCUCAACUGUGCUGACCCCUGCGGCGUUGCUUACGUUGAUAGUCUACAGCUCGAUGGAGAAACUAACCUAAAAAAUAAAAUGUGUAUUCCGCCGGUUGCUGCACUCGUACAGAAUGAUGCAGAUGCUGCUGCCAUCAAGUCUGAAGACAGUGCAGCAGCAGCAGCAGCAGCAACAACAGCAGCAACACCAACAACAGUAGCAGCAAAGACAGAUGCAGCUAUCAACCCAGGCAGUCUCCAUAUGGCUAUGUCCCCGAUGGCGUCAACCCACAGCAAUGGGGGGCAGCAGCAGCUGACAGAGAAACAGCAGCAGCAGCAGCAGCAGCAGCAGCAGCAGCAGCAGCAGAGCAGGGAAGAGUCACUGCAGCAGCAGCAGCAGCAGCAACAGCAGCAACAGCAGCAAGAAGACUCCUUGAUAGUAGGUGUUGGUCCUCGUACAUCUUCACAGUCUGCUCUUUCCCAGCAACAGCAGCAACAGCAGCAGCAGCAGCAGCAGCAGUUUGCUGUUGACGCGUCACAGUUUGUAUGGAGAGGAGCCACCGUCCGCAGCACAGAGUGGAUAUACGGCCUGGUGGUUUACACGGGCCACCAAACCCGCAUCAUGAAAAACACAAAACAAAGAGAAUUAAAAUACUCAAGAACUCAGGUCGUAUACAACCAGCACGCUGUACUCCUAGCCAUCGCCCAGUUUAUAAUAUGUGCGGUGGCGGCGCUGGUGUACGCCUUCAAGAGCCAGCAGCUGUUUGCUGAUGCCUGGUACCUCGAGACCAGCUGGGUCUCCGGCAUUUCAAACUUUCUCACCUCCUUAGGCGUCGCAUUUGGGCGUUACGUGUUGCUGCUGAGUUACUUUGUUCCGAUAACAUUGUUAGUGCAGCUGGAGGUGAGCCGUUGGUGUCAGGCGAGUUUCUUAUCAGCAGAUAGGCGGCUUUCCCAGCAACAGCAGCAACAGCAGCAGCAGCAGCAGCAGCAGCAGCAGCAGCAGUUUGCUGUUGACGCAUCACAGUUUGUAUGGAGAGGAGCCACCGUCCGCAGCACAGAGUGGAUAUACGGCCUGGUGGUUUACACGGGCCACCAAACCCGCAUAAUGAAAAACACAAAACAAAGAGAAUUAAAAUAUUCAAGAACUCAGGUCGUAUACAACCAGCACGCUGUACUCCUAGCCAUCGCCCAGUUUAUAAUAUGUGCGGUGGCGGCGCUGGUGUACGCCUUCAAGAGCCAGCAGCUGUUUGCUGAUGCCUGGUACCUCGAGACCAGCUGGGUCUCCGGCAUUUCAAACUUUCUCACCUCCUUAGGCGUCGUAAGACUUCUAGGAGGUGGGACCCUCACCCAGAACCUCAUGCAGUUCAGGUGUCUAGGCAUCCAAGAUAGAGUGUAUGGAUACGAUGAAUUCGAGGAAGAGAAAUCUUUUGUGAUAUCUGAGAGUUGCAGCGAGUUUGCUCGUUUGCGUUCUCGGGCUCUGGCUCUCAUGGAUGAGCUCGGCAGCGUCACGCAUGUCUUCUCCGAUAAGACCGGGACCCUCACCCAAAACCUUAUGCAGUUCAGGUGUCUAGGCAUCCAAGAUAGAGUGUAUGGAUACGAUGAAUUCGAGGAAGAGAAAUCUUUUGUGAUAUCUGAGAGUUGCAGCGAGUUUGCUCGUUUGCGUUCUCGGGCUCCAUCGUUAUCUCUGGUUGGUGAAAGUGAAUAUUUGCGAAGAGGAAAAAAAAAAACUGAAAAAGAAGAACAAGACAAAACUAUAUGCCCCAAUGGUCACGUCAACUUCAACACUAAAAGCUUCUUCUCUGGACUCGCAGCUGCCUCACCAGAACAUUGGUUGGUGAAAGUGAAUAUUUGCGAAGAGGAAAAAAAAAAACUGAAAAAGAAGAACAAGACAAAACCAUCUGUCCCAAUGGUCACGUCAACUUCAACACUAAAAGCUUCUUCUCUGGACUCGCAGCUGCCUCACCAGAACACCGCAAAAAGGUACGCAUUCGGGUUUAGGGCUCAAGACGCGUUGCUCGUUUUGGCUUUAUGUCACUCGGUGCUACCCAAACCCUCAGCUCCCCUUCCGGAGCCCCUGAACAUCUGCAGCAGCAGCAAAAGGAGCACGGGCGUUUCCCCAGCAGCAGCAGCAGCAGCAGCGGCCGCUGCAGCAGGAGCAGCAGCAGCAGCAGAAGACUUGCGGAAGGGGCCCGCGGCACCUUCAGCAGCUGCCAAAGCGACAGCAGCUGCUACAGCAGCAGCAUCAGCAGCAGUGAGGAUGAGAGCGAAGGUUUCUCUGCGUCAGCAGCAGCAGCAGCAGCAGCAGCAGACAGAAUGUCUAGCGGCAGCAGCAGCACGCAGCAGCAGCGUGGCAGCAGCACUGCAGCACGAACAGGGCGAAGAUUUCAGUAUAUGA